CAGCUUAAUGCCACAGACAAAGAGCAGCUGUUAGCAAGUAGUGCCACCAGAUGGCAGCAUUUGAAAUCCGCUGGAGACAAUCUAAAUCCAUCAAGCAAUCACAUGAAGCCAUCACAUGAAGCCUUCAAUUUUUAAAUGUCUUUUCAUGUUCAUUUUUUUUAAAGUCAUCUUGACCUCUGACUAUUUAAGGUGUCAGCAUUAUAAAGCUGUAGACGUAUGAUACAAUUGUGUCGAUUUAGGGACUUUGUGAUUGAUGCGAACAAUAUGUCACAAUAAAACUGAUUGAAAGUGUAUCUUAAUGUGUGCCACAUUAUUGCAGAUCCCAUCUAAUCCGUGCAUGUGUGGUGGGACUGGAGACGACCCGGUGCUGCACUGAGGCUUGUGCUGAUGUUGCAGUUGGCUCAGCAGCCACCUAGUCUAUAAAUGAUUUAUGUGCUGCAAAGUGGCCAUUUUGCAAAGUGCAAAUAUGCAUCUCAUUUCAUCUAAAUCUGCAGCCAUUGCUGAUGAACAGAGGAUUUCCCACAAAUUGGCUCAUAUGUGAGAAUAAAAGCUGCAUCUCUUGUAGGAGCUGUCUGUACCAACGCCAAGCAAGAUGCACAUUAUGUUUACCGCAUAGCACACAUCUAAGAACAAUUUUAGAGGGGCGGGGGGGCAAAAACUAUAGCACCUGUCACUCUUUAAUGUGUGCACGCACACAGUAAAUGUGUUGUAAUAUUUCAUAAUAACCUGUUAUCUAAUACUGUACCAAAGUGGUCCAAAGGAAGCACCGUGGUGAUGCAUAAUUUGUAAAAGUGUAGUGUUUGAUUAUGACCACCAGGGGGCUCCUGACUUGGGGGGGUUGACUAGUGCACGCUAGGUUCAGCUCCACACAACUGCAUUGUGCACAUCACUUGGAGGAAGUCUUCAGCCUGUCUGCACUGCAACCAUGGGAAACACAGAGGCAAUGUUUCCAGAACAAAAGGACUUUGAAUAUGAUGAAGACACGUUGAGGACCACAGGAGUUGUUCUCGCUGUCAUCAUGUUUGUUUCUGGCAUUUUGAUAGCCUUAAGUAAAAAAUGCACAAAAUGUGUAAAAUCCUCCCCCAAAUCAUCAGAUACUCAAAUUCCAAAGACAGAGGUGCCUCCUCCAGCUGUGUAGAACAUUAUGUGUGAAACGGAGACCAGCAUCAGCAAAUAUGCAAUGUGCAAGUAUUUUAUGGCCGUUAAAUGAUUAAUACAACUGUCCUUAAUUUAUGACGCAUGAUGUAUGUCACAUCUACUCCGAGAAAGGCAUUUGAGGGCGCAAUAUGUAGGUUUGUCCUAACAGCUAAUUGGUGCUACUUUGAAAAAAUAUUCUUUCUCUUUGCCUGGGUCAUUUACUCUAAUGCUAUAUGUUAAUUAUACUUUAGGGCGCAUGCCAAAUGAAUUAAAUCAACAUCAACUUUUUCAUAUUUAUCAUUUAUUGUCAUAAAUUGAAAGGCGGCCAUAUCAGUCUUAAGCUUUUUUGUGAAGUUAUACAAACGUAAUCUUGGUUACUCACUAUUUGUAAAUAUGCAAAUCUUGUUUAUCUUAUAUUCCGUUUAUUUUAUUCAAUUUUAUUCAUAUUGCAUUGAAUUUAAGAGUGUUUUUAUUUUUCUUCUGCAAUCAAGCUGCUGCAACCAAGCAAUUUCCCUUGUGGAUCAAUAAAGUCUGUCUAAGUCUAUAAUCAUGCACUUUUCUUUUGCACUUACUGAUCUGUUGUGGUGAUAGUGAAGCAUGACAAGAUGGUGAAGAAUCUUCAGUAAAAUGGUAACUAACAUUACUAUGCAAACAUUUUUUUUAUUAAAGGGAGGGAUAUAUUAGGUAUAGGGGUGUAACGAUUCAUAUUCCUAUGAUCCAACUACAUCGAUCUGGACAACUAACAUCAUUUAAAAGGUAAUCAAUCGAUUGCAUCAAUACGAGGAAAUAAAGCAUUGGAUUUAAGCACGGCAGGCUUUGUGGGGGUUUUUUCGCACUUUUGAUGAUAAAGACGUUAAAGGUUACUCGAUUCAGUCUGCCUGUCUGUGAUGUCAUCGCCACGCACCAGCAGACAACAAAACGCAGCAUGGCGGAUGACAGAGGACAAGCGGGCGAGCGAGAAAUAAUUAAACCACCAUGGCGUUCCAGUGUGUGGAAACACUUCGCUUUUGCAAAGAGGGAGAUGUUCUAAAUAAGUCGCUCGCUGUUUGUAGGCUAUGUAAAGGUUAAGUAAAAUACCAUGGCAACACGACAAAUCUGUCGAACCACCUGCUAAGGCACCAUGGGAUGUAGCACAACGCUGACCGUCCAGGCACCUCUCGUUCCCUCUCUGCACUUACUGUACUUUUAUUGAAAAUGAGAGCAGAAAAGGUUAACCUCCUGUUAAUAACUAAGUGUUGGUUGCACUUUAUUCAAAUAAAAUAUGAAUGCAUUUGCCAUUAAUUGUUCUUUACUUGUUUGUUUAUAUCCAUAGUUCAUUUAUACCUGAUUCCGUCACAAAAAAAACAACGGGAGUCUAGGAAACUUCACCUGCACUGUCCAGUAACCAGGUAUUUAUUUCACACACACACUGGUUGAAUUUUUUGCCUAAAAGGUUACUGAAUCGAUUAAAAGUUAUUGAAUCGUUUCAGAUUUGUAUCCGUUAAUAAAACAAAUAAUGAAACACAAUGGGUAGGCAUCUCCUGUAAAAUAAUACAAUUAAUAUAAUACUUUAUAUAAUAUAUGAUGCAGUCUCAAAAUCUUUACUUUUUCAGUUGCCUUUAAAUGAGAAGCAUGCAAACCAGGACACUGGUAUGAGAAAACUUUAUGAAUCAGUGAAAUUCCAGUCAAGACAGAUCAGAUUUCAGAGUGAGUGUGUUUUUUUCUUGAAAAUGAACAAUUCCUAAAGAGUGAAUGUAAAGUGUAGGCUAUUACAACUUUCCUGUGAGGUGUUUGAUUUUCCACGCUGCUCAUUUGUGUAGCCGCGUGCACCCCUGACCUUCUCAGUCGUGACUCAUCAAUGCCUGCUGUGUGUGUGUGUGUGUGUGUGUCUGUGUGCGUGUGAUGCAUUUGUCAUCAGACAUAAAAGAUUUAGAACAGUUUUUACACAGUAAAAUGUACUUUUCCUCAAAGCAAAGUUUGUUCCAUCCGCAAGGAUGACACAAACAAGUCACGUGUUUUUAACCAGUCAAGAAGAGAAAGCGCUGAUUGAAGUCAGCAUUCUGAUUCACCAUCAUCCUUAUCAAUGUGAUUGUUUGGCUCUUUCAGGGACUUCCUGAAGGUCGUACUGAUGAUUUCAUAGAAAUCAAAGAGUUUUGGGGAAAUAAGCAGUGUAGUCUGUAGCAGACCAUCCACUGUUUUGCAACUUUGACUUCAGCAUUUAAAGCAACCAUACACUGGACACUUGCACAUGCACGUAAUGAGUUUCAAUAUAAACAUCUGCCUUUACAAAGAUGAUAAUGCUCCCUUUCAACUAUGAAUAAUAUUACAUUAUUUUACACACACAGUGUAACAAUCUGCAAAACUUUAAAGGAUUGACUCAACGAAAGCGCUUUUUCUUUGGCUUCAUUAUUGUGUUACGCCACCGCCCCAGAAGAGUAGCAGUGAUGGCAAUGAGGAAGCUUGUGAUGAUAACCAUAGACCCGUAAGCAGAACUGACUGCGACAUAGGGAAGUGUCUGGCAAUAUGAUCAAUACAUGUAAAUGAAUUUAAACCAUGUUGAGCAUUAAGGGAUUGUGUUUGAGUGGGGGUUCCACUGUUCUACUUUUUUUAUUAUUAUUAACAAUUUCCAAUCAACUUUGUGAAAGGCUGGAGCACAGGCCAAAGAACAACACAGAAAAUGAUUCAUCGUGGUGAGGAUCUGGUUGAAGGUGCAGAGCUUUUUAACAUGAACUUUACGAGAUUUUCCUUCUGUGAUUUGUCUCUGAACGAUGCCUGGAUUUUAUCAUCAAAAUACAAAUUUGUGUAGGGCUGUUUGACGUUCGCGGAAGUAGUGCAUUAUCUUUUGUGAAGGCAGAAUUUGGGGUGGUGCUUUUGUGUUGUGCAAGUGUACCUAGUGUUGUUGUAGCCGAAGACGUCGACUUCAUUUAUAAUGUGAAACAAAGAAAUCAUCGUCAUUUUUCUUGAAAUGAAGUGAGGUUAAUCCAAACAGCAUGUGGGGUGUCUGUGACACAAACGCCCCAUGCACUCAACAUGGCAGAAAUAAAUACAGCGCUAUAAUUUACUGAGCAGCUAAAGAAUGAAUCAUAGUACAAUUUGAAAUCCAAUGUGAAUUAGCCUCACACAUGAAGAUGCUGCCUGCAUGUCAUGUGAACAGCCUUCUCAAUAGAAGAUUCACUGCGUGUCACGUGACUACAAGUCAUUCGUGGUGGUCCUGCCAGGCCACGAAACGUCGGCGAGUCGGAGUACUUCGUUUCUUCAGCAGCAGUUUGAGCUGAA